GUUUUCGCCGUGCCGUGAUCGUGCUGUGCUUGGACAUGCUGUGCCGCUCGCUUCUCCGCCGUGUCCGCGGCGGCCCGCAGCGCCCAUCUUGGCAAUACCCUCUUCAGCAUCUCAUAGACUGCUAUCAGUGCAGUCGACAAGACGACCACCUCUCUUACGGAGAGCUGGGGAUGCCAGUCCCCCCCUUUGGCUGCACCUUUCCUACAGCUCCAGAUUUGCAGCACAUACUUGCAGUUGCAAAUGAAGAAGGUUUUGUCAGGCUGUAUGAUACCGAAUCUCAAACCAAGCAGAUCUUUAAAGAGUGGCUGGCACACUCGAAUGCUGUCUUUGACAUUGCCUGGGUACCUGGAGAACACAGAAUUGUAACAGCUUCAGGAGACCAGACAGCUAAAGUGUGGGAUGUGAGAGCUGGUGAGCUGCUUGGUAUAUGUAAAGGUCACCAGUGCAGCCUGAAGUCAGUUGCUUUUUCUAAAUUUGAGAGAGCUGUCUUCUGCACGGGGGGCAGAGAUGGAAACGUCAUGGUCUGGGAUACCAGAGUCAACAAGAAAGAUGGAUAUUACAGACAGGUGAAUCAGAUUGGUGGAGCUCACAAUGUAGCUGACAAGCAGACGCCUUCCAAGCCAAAGAAGAAAAAACAGAACCUGAGAGGACUUGCUCCCUCUGUGGAUUUUCAGCAGAGUGUUACAGUGGUGCUGCUUCAGGAUGAACACACCCUUAUCUCUGCAGGAGCUGUUGAUGGCAUAAUCAAAGUCUGGGACUUGCGAAAGAACUAUAGCAUUUAUCGGCAGGAUCCAGUACCAUUCAAGUCUUAUUGUUACCCUGGGACCAGCACCCGCAAACUCGGAUAUUCUAGCUUGAUUUUGGACUCUACUGGUACCAAUCUCUUCGCAAACUGCACGGAUGACAAUAUUUACCUGUUCAACAUGACAAGUUUAAAAACCAUGCCAGCGGCAGUUUUCAGUGGACACCAGAAUUCAACCUUUUACGUCAAAUCCAGCAUUAGCCCAGAUGACCAGUUCCUGGUUAGUGGCUCGAGUGAUCAGAGUGCCUACAUCUGGAAGAUUUCUGAGCCUCAGCUCCCACCCAGGAUGCUCCUUGGUCACUCUCAAGAGGUCACCUCUGUUGCCUGGUGUCCUUCAGACUUCACUAAGAUUGCCACGUGUUCUGAUGACAACACUGUGAGAGUCUGGCGCUUAAAUCGUGGCUCUGAGGAGAAGAACCCAGCAUCUGAUCGUGUCAAUUUGGUGGGUUGGGUCUGUCAGAAGAAACUGGAUGAGCAGAGUGCAACAGGACUGCCAGCCAGCAGAGAGAAUACUCCUGCCAAAUUCCCCAUGACUGGUAACCCUUGUACUUCCUCACCACGUCAAGCAGCUUGUGCUCCAAGCUGUUUGGGUGACCUUCCUCUUUCCACCAAUACUCCAACAUCCUCUCUCAAGAUCCCAACAGCCAAGGCUCACACUCCAGCAAAGCAAAAUGACACUACUUUGGGUAUUUCUCCCAAACAAGCAUCUUGCUCCAAGAUGUCCAUUACCCAUUGGGUUACCAGGACUCCAUGCUCUUCCCCACCAGAGACUGGAAUAAAGACUCCAUCUCCAAGAAAAGCUCUGACAGAUGUCACGCAGAGUGUCCCAGAGGCCAUUUGCACUCCCAGAAUACCCCACUUGCACUCAGUAAAGCGAGCCAAGAGAAGACUUGAGUCUAGCAAGGAAGAUCACCUGGGGCAGAAGUGUCUGAAAGGCUGCAGCUGUGUGACUGAGUUGGACCCAAUGACUAAGAAGUCCAAACUGAAUUUGUGCCUUUUGGAAGCAAGUCAUAAGACUUGCAGUGAAGACUGUCUGUGCCUUGCUGAGUUGAGUAGUAGACUUGAAAGCUGUAGCCAGAACUCAAAGGAGCCUUCUCCUCCUAAAAGUCCCCUUAGUCCAGCAGGCUUCCAAACUCUUCCUUUUCAAACCUCCUGUCAGAAAAUGGCUGACAUGUCAAACAAAGAAAAUAGUUCUCCUGAAAAGAAGGAUUGGCUUUCUGCUCUCAGGGAGAAGUUAAAGACAAAUAAGGCCAGGAGCCAAAAUUCAUCAGGCAGCAGCGCCCCCUCCUCUCGGACAAGGCGACAGGAGGCUGUGACCGCAGUCACUCCUCCAAGACAUGUUGCAGCUGAUCCAGUUCCCAUGAGGAAGAUUUGCACAUAUUUCCAUCAAAAGUCACAGAAUGACUCAAGGGGUGCACUGCAGCAGAACCUUACACCUGAUUAGAGACACCACCAAGACUGGAUUUUGAAACUCUGAAGGAGGAAGGCGCUGGGAUUACAUAAUAUGUUGUUGCCCAUAAUAAAAUGAAGUUGGACUUAUUCUCUUGUUUUUAAAACUUUUAUAGCACCAAGAUUAGUGAAGCAUGAAACACUUAGAAGAUGUUGAUUAGUGGAGGUUGUAUUUCAUUAAGCUGAAGUAGGUGGUGCACUUUUAAAAUCUGUUGUGUUUGAACAAGCCACUGAAUUAGUGCUUUUCACGCAGUAUUGGGGAAACCUAGUUAUCUUUGGAACAGUAUCUUGGCUGUGUGGUAUAACGUAGUUGCACAGUUUCAGUUUAUAUUAUGUCUAUUUUUUAAAUCUUCUGUACAUAACAGUAUUGUGCAAAACACACUCCCUUUUUAGAGGUGCUGACAGAAAUGUCUGGAAAAAUUAUUCUUGGAGAUAGACUUGAGCCAUUGUUUCCAUGGAAGAGUAUUUCUGCUAAUGCCUGUUGUAUAGCAGUUUCUCCUCUUCUAGCAAAGACUAUUGUAAAUGUGACUUAUUCUUGUAAAUAUAGAACUUUAAUAUUC